UCCCAUGAAAUAGCACAUAAAGAACAACCCUAAACCCGGCGCAAAACACCCAAAGAUGCUUCCUUUUCAGGAGCAGAUCAUCGCCGACCUCCUCGAAGACCCCAACGGAGGCGUUGUCGUCCUCUCCUCCGGCCUCCCCAUCCACUCCCUCGUCGCUUCCCUCCUUCUCCUCCACCACCCCUCCCAAGGCUCCCUCCUCAUCCUCUCCGCUUCCGACUCCCAGAAAUCCUCCAUCUCCCGCUCCCUCCUUCGCCUCCUCCAAAACGAUAACCCUAACCCUAACCCAUUACUCCCAACCGACAUCCCUGGUGACGUUCUGUCCCACCACCGCACCGCUCUCUACGCCAGCGGCGCCUCUUACUUCGUCACGCCUCGCGUCCUCAUUGCCGACCUCCUCACAUCUCGUGUCCCGCCCUCCUCAAUUGCCGGUAUCCUCAUCAUCAACGCCCACCGCCUCACCGAUACCUCCACGGAGGCCUUCAUUGCCCGCAUCCUGCGUUCUCUAUCCCGCAACGCUUAUGUUCGUGCACUUACCGACCGUCCUCACGCCAUGGUCUCCGGGUUUUCCAAGGCUGAACGAAUCAUGAAGUGCUUGUACGUGAGGCGGCUCCAUCUCUGGCCGCGCUUCCAUGUUCUUGUCUCUGGGGACCUCGAGCAGAGUCCGCCGGAGGUGGUGGAUAUCAGGGUGCCGAUGACGCCUGCAAUGAGGGGGAUUCAGCAGGCUGUGUUGGAGACGAUGGAUGCUUGUCUCAAGGAGCUCAGAAGGACUAACAAGGUCGAUGUCGAGGAUCUUACGGUGGAGAAUGGGCUAUUCAAGUCAUUUGAUGAGGUUGUGAGGAGGCAGCUUGAUCCCAUAUGGCAUACGCUUGGGAAGAAAACCAAGCAGUUGGUCAGUGAUUUAAGAACACUGAGGAAAUUGUUGGAUUAUCUUGUCAGGUAUGAUGCUGUGACAUAUUUGAAGUAUCUUGAUACACUGAGGGUCUCUGAAGGAGUGAGGUCGGUUUGGAUAUUUGCUGAAUCAAGUUACAAGAUAUUUGAGCUUGCGAAGAAGCGGGUUUAUCAGGUGUUGCGGGCGGAUGGAGUAAGAAUCAUUGCUAACAAGAAGAACAACGUAGUCAAGAGGAAGAGAGUUGAUGAGAAUAGUUUGAUAAAGAACAUGGAAAAUGAUGGACUCCAAUUAGAAAAUUCUUCUCUUUCAAAUAAGAUGGAUAAUGCCACAAUGGAAGCGAAUGUUGGAAUUGUCUUAGAGGAAGUCUUGGAGGAAGCACCUAAAUGGAAGGUGUUACGUGAGUUGCUUGAGGAGAUAGAAGUAGAACGCAGAAAGGAAGAUUCAUUAAAAGAUGAACAAAAUUUUGCUGAUAAUGGAGGUGACAAUAAUGAUAUUGUCUUGGUUGUCUGUAAAGAUGAGCGUUCAUGCUUGCAGUUGGAGGACUGCAUCAUUAAAAACUCACAUCAGGUAAUGCGACAAGAGUGGGAGAAGUAUUUAUUUGGCAAGGCAGAAUUGCAUAGCCUGCAGAAACGUAAUAAGAAAAGAUCUCAAGAUCCUAAAGGAUAUGGCGUUCUUGAUGGAGCAGUUGCUAGUGGAUCCGGCGAGAAUUCCGAUCCAAGCACCAUUAGCAAACUGGAAAAUGAUGCAUUGUUAGCUGCAGCAUCAGAGAUAAGCCAUCUUGCUAAAGAAGAAAUUGCUGUUAGGAAUGAAUCUCAACCACUUUCUGGAAGGCGGGGUUCUGCCAAAAGAAGAUGCAGAGGUAGGUCUCAGAAAGCAACAAUUAAAGCACGGGAUUCUCGAAAUAAUCGCAAGAAAUCAGCACAUAAGGAUGAAACAGUAAAAGCAAGUUCAGAAGCCACAGAACCAGAAGCCCGAUCGGCUGUUCUGGAAAAUGAUCUCAUUGACUCAUGUAUCGGUGACUCUGAUAAAAGCUUUCUUCAAAGGCAUUCCCAUGAUUCUGGUGGUUCAGAGUCCAGUGAUGCCAGGCCAAUUCCUCCAGUACAGUUUUAUGCUUUAGAGAAGGAUGAACAGAUACUUGAUAUCUGGAAACCUAGUGUUAUUAUUGUUUUUCAUCCAGACAUGACAUUUGUGAGAGAGAUUGAAGUCUAUAAAGCAGAGAACCCCUCACUAAAUUUGAAAGUUUAUUUUAUCUUCUAUGAAAACUCUACUGAGGUGCAGAAAUUUGAAGCAAGCAUACGGCGAGAAAAUGGAGCUUUUGAAUCCUUGAUUAGGCAGAAGUCUUUGUUGAUGAUACCUGUCGACCAGGAUGGACGAUGCAUUGGACCCACAUCUCUUUGUGAGCCAAGCUCGGUUGUUCCACAGAACUCAUUAACUAGGAAGGCAGGUGGUAGGAAGACAAUGGAGAAAGAGAUGCAGGUGAUUGUGGAUAUGAGGGAGUUCAUGAGCAGCCUUCCAAAUGUUCUUCAUCAGAAAGGCAUGAAAAUCAUACCUGUUACCCUGGAAGUUGGUGAUUAUGUCCUUUCACCCUUUAUUUGUGUUGAAAGGAAGAGUGUUGGUGAUUUGUAUCAAAGUUUUGCAUCAGGCCGGCUGUAUCAUCAGGUGGAAACAAUGAUUCGCUACUACAAAAUACCUGUUCUUCUGAUUGAAUUUUCUCAGGAUAGAAGCUUUUCUUUUCAGUCUUCCAGUGACCUAGGCGAUGAUGUUUCACCAACAAGCAUAAUAUCAAAACUUUCAUUGCUCGUCUUACAUUUUCCGCGACUGCGUCUGGUUUGGUCACGAAGUGUGCAUGCAACAGCAGAAAUUUUUGCAUCCCUCAAGGCGAACCAGGAUGAACCAGAUGACAACAAGGCUAUCAGAGUAGGAGUUCCUUCAGAGGAUGGCACUGUGGAAGACGACGUAAGAGCUGAAAACUACAAUACUGUGGCAAUUGAAUUCUUGAGGCGUAUCCCUGGUGUAACUGAUUCAAAUUACCGAGCUUUGAUGGAUGGUUGCAAGAGUCUUGCUGAGCUCUCUCUUCUUCCUGUUGAGAGGCUAGCAGAGCUCAUGGGUGGUCAGAAACCGGCAAAAAUGUUCAGGGAGUUUCUUGAUGCGAAGUGUCCAACUAUGCCAUGAUGCCUAGAUCUGGCAUUCAAGAUACAUUUGAAGUGAGGAAUAUUGAUGUAUCCUAUUUACAGAUGACCAAAUUUGAGUAGGUGAGACAUUUGUCAUAAAAUUUCAAUGGUUGAGUCUAUCAUAUACAAUUUUAACAAGAUUGAAAUUAGUAAUUGACCAUUUAAUAUUAUUGGAAAAUCAAGUAAUAUAUAGAUGUAAUAUGAUGAAAUAUCUUAAACUUGUUUUAUAGUAAAUUAGAUUGUAGUUGAGGAUAUAAUUUUGGGAAUUGAGGUUGAGUGGUCUUUAUGAAUAAGUGUAUGAAGAAUAUAAUGUGAGAAGAGAAUAUCAUACAGACUUAAGUUUUGUUUGGGAUAAUUUUUUUACUGUUUUAUAAAAUAAUUUUUUAGUACAAAAUUGUUUGUGGUAAAAAAUUAUUCCAAACGAAGCCUUAAAAUGAGAAAUUUUAUAAAAUUGCAACUAUUAAGUUUCUAAAAAUUGUGCAAGAUGGACACCAAAUAUGCAUGAAUGGUAAAUGAAGAUUCAUGAAUCUGGUCACAAAGAGACCGGACUAAUAAUGAUAAUGAUAAUAAUAUAUUUUAGUCUUUUACACAGACCAAUCAAGUUUGGAUUCCCUAGUUUCUCUAUAAUUCCUCACAACUUCAAAAUUAUCUAGUUAUUUGCUAAGGAGUAAAUGAUCAGUUGCAUUUUGACUAUGUCAGGUCGGCUUUAUGAAUGCUUCAUUCUCCUUAUUUUAGUUGAAAUCAAAUUAUUGGCUACUAAAAAGGUGUCUGAAUUGCAGAAACAUAAACAUUUGGAAAACAGAACUUUUUUUUUUUUCCUGCUGCAGGGUACUUCAACAAUCCACAUUCCACGGCAAUACCUGUAUCAGCUUCACUUAGUUCAUGAGAGUUCCAGAAUAAAAACUGUUGUCUGUAAAAGCUGAUAUAUAUUAUUGUUUACUUUAGAGGUUAAGCAGAGUGAUUUAUUCAGUUAUUUGUAUUCUUUUGCCAUAAUCUGCGUAUUUUUCUGUGCGGCUUGGCUUUUAUAUAAAGCAUUAGAAGAAUAGCUUCUACCUUAGUUAUCAUGAUUAUGUUAGGCCGGUUCAAGCUGAACCGGUCCUUGUUGGACCGGUUCAUUGAUGCAGGAGGCAGGCCCAUAGAGGAGGGCGGAACAGGGUUGGGGCCCAAUCAUUUAUUGGAGCAAGGGUUUAGGAGGGAAAUUUAAUAUCUCUUGUGCAGUGUUUGGGCUCCAGUCUUUGACUAGAGAUUUGGAGAGUUGAAUCUUCCUCUAGAAUUGAAGAUUCUUGUAUCAUUUGUUGUUUUUCUUGUUCUUUUGCUGAAUUGGAGAUUUUAUAUUGCUGUUUUCUCUAUUAAGUUUGGAAUUUCUGCAUCAA